AUGAUAGCGGCAUCUAAGAAAAGUUUCUUUAAAAUUCAUUACCACUUACCUAAUAAAUUGCGAAUCCAGUUUCCUUCUGUUCCAUAUAUUCUCGGCAUGAUUCUCCCUUUAGGUUGGAUCCAGUUUUAUUUAUUUGUAUUUGUGUAUAAAAAACUAUUAAUAUUUAUAAAAAUGGCUCCAAAACAACGCAUUACCGCAGCUAAUAAUGCUUUUACUAAAAAUAUUAACAACCGUGGUAAUGUAGCAAAGUCCCUUAAACCACAAGAGGAUAAAUAUCCAGUUUCACCAAUCUUAAUUGGACUUUUCCUUUUUGUUGUUUGUGGAUCUGCAGUCUUUGAAAUUGUUAGGACUCUUAUUCUUUAA